AAUUCCCAUCGCGAUUUCUGUCGCAGGGUCUCAAUGGUCGACUGGCGUUCGCUAUUGCGGCGGCCGCUCUUGGCUCGUCGUUUCAACAUGGAUACAACACCGGUGUGGUUAACGCACCUCAGCAGCUCAUCGAAGAGUGGAUCAGUAACCUGAAGAUGAACCGGACGGGCGUCCCGACGAGCCAAUCGGAGGUGACGUUGAUCUGGUCAGUGGCGGUGUCGAUAUUCUGCAUCGGCGGAAUGAUCGGCGGCUCCCUAGUGGGUUGGGUGGCGGACUCUCUGGGUAGAAAGGGCGGUCUUUUGCUGAACAAUAUCCUGGUGUUGCUGACCGUGAUCUUCGAGGGUAGCGCCAAGGCGGCAAAGAGCUACGAGAUGAUCGUUGUCGGCAGGUUCCUAAUUGGUAUAAACGCCGGACUGAACGCCGGUCUGGCACCAAUGUACCUGGCUGAGAUCUCGCCCGUGCAUCUGCGCGGCGCCGUAGGCACGGUAUACCAGCUGGUCAUCACAAUCUCAAUACUGGUGUCACAGAUCCUUGGCCUGGAACAUGUCCUCGGCACUGCCGAGCAGUGGCCGUUGCUCCUGUGCUUGACGAUCGUGCCGGCGCUCUUCCAAGUGUUCACUUUGCCGUUCUGUCCCGAGAGUCCGAAAUAUCUGUUGCUCAGCCGCGGCAAGGACAUGGAUGCGCAGAGAGCGUUAUCCUGGUUGCGCGGCACAAUCGAGGUCCACGACGAGAUGGAGGAGAUGCGAACGGAAUACGAAUCCAUGAAACUGAUACCAAAAGUCACGGUGCGCGAGCUGUUUAUAAAUCCGGCACUUCGUAUCCCCUUGUUCAUCUCGAUCAUGAUUAUGUUCGCCCAGCAACUAUCCGGCAUUAAUGCCGUCAUGUUCUUCUCGACCAAGAUCUUUACAAUGGCGCAGCUCGACAAGAACGCUGCCCAGAACGCGACGAUGGGUGUCGGCGCGAUGAACGUCUUAAUGACCAUCGCCUCCCUGGUAUUGGUGGAGAAAGCGGGCAGAAAGACGUUACUCCUCAUCGGAUUCGCCGGCAUGUUCCUCGAUACCGUUCUUCUCGCCAUUUGCCUCGCAUUUGCAGAAUCAUCGCAAGUGGCAGCAUACUUCUCGAUCCUUCUCGUUAUCCUGUUUGUCGUUUUCUUUGCCACCGGGCCGGGAAGUAUCCCAUGGUUCCUCGUGUCCGAAUUGUUCAAUCAGUCUGCCCGACCACCCGCUACCUCCAUCGCCAUCGCCGUCAAUUGGACCGCCAAUUUUAUCGUCAGUAUCGGCUUUCUGCCGUUGCAAGAAGCGUUAGGCGCUUACGUCUUUAUUAUUUUUGCCGCGCUGCAAUUCUUUUUCACCAUCUUUAUAUACAAGAAAGUGCCGGAGACGAAGAACAAGACUAUAGAGGAAAUUAGCAGCAUGUUCAGACAAAUAUCCUACCAGUGA